AAUGCUCUUCAACGGUCGAGACUCUUUUAACGGCAAUUUCUUCAUGCUUAUCAGAUGUAAAUAUAUCGAUUAAUGAGUGUGGAUUUCUUCUCAUGAUGCGACGCUGUUGGCCUGGUCCUUUCAUGUCCAAAUAUGUUUUAGAGAGGCUGGUUUAUUCAAUUAUUGAAUGGAUGAAUGAUGAAGAUGAGAGGCUAUUGAUAAUUGGAAAAGAAUACACCGCAGCACGAAAGUUACCGGGAAUUCGUGAUGAAAUAGAAGAUAAUCAACAGCAGAAAGGAUAUUUGCAAAAUUCUGUUGGUGGGGGUGCUUAUGUGAUAAGUCGUAGAAUGUUAAAAGAGAAAUAUAUUUUGCAAUGGUUAUUUGCAGUUCACGAAUUGAAUGAGGAACUAUUUUGUGAUAUUGUUUACAGCCAGAUAAAAAUGUUUUAUGAAAAUCAAAAUCAGCAAGAAGAUAUUGAUUCAAAUGUAGAAAUACGGACAUUGAGUAAGGUUUUCGGCCCGGUAAAAAACACUUCUCAACGAAAGAAUCAUGUGGAUCAAAUAACUGUGGCCACAGAGAAUUACAACGUUAAUAUUAAUAUUAGCCCUAUAGACACAAUUACCCAAUUAUUUAAAAACAAUAAUGUUCAAUUAUCGCGAGCCUUGCAAUGGAUAGAAUUGAUGGUGCGUGCUGGAGUUGGCCUUCCUGGCACAAUAUUUUCAGAUUAUAUCUCAUUAUUAGUAAAUGUUUCGCCAACGCUUGAUCAGUACACAACCUUCUUGCAAAUUAUUUGGCACCAGGUUAUGAUUGGCCUAGGAAAUAUUAUUCAGCGUGGUACUAUUCUUAAAAUCAUAUCAGAUGCAAAUGAAGCAGCUUUCGACAUAAUAAACAAAAUAAGCAAAAAAGGCAAAGGCACAGAAAUUGCAAGGACUUUUAAAAGAAAAUCAAAUAUUAUGGAUCCAACACCAGGCGCCAAUGUUACAGCAGACACUCCUUUAGUACAAAUGUUUUUAAAUUAUGCAAGAAUGGAAAAAUUAGAAGUUCGUAGUGAUGUCGUAAAGACGUUUUGGAGGCUUUUUGCAUCUGCUAAUCUUAUUUUCAAUAAAGAUGAAUUUAUUAUUAGUUGCAUACCAAAGUUGUUACCAAGGUAUGUUUGGGAAGCAUUGGCCCCUAUAUAUGAUGGGUCAUCUGAUCUAACAUUACAGUUAUUGAUAAGAAUUGUUUGGACGGACCCUCGUUUCUUUCUUACUUCAGUUAGUAAAGUGUUUGAUGGCCUUGACAAUUUAUUUGGACUAUUUUCAAAACUUGAUGAAAAAUUUGAGGUUGCCAGGGCUGGUGUAUUUGCUUAUUUAGGCCCUAUUUUUAGUUACUUCAUUGGUUGUAUCUGGGAUCAAGAGGAAUACGUUAGAACAAAGGCUAUAACUUAUAUUAGAGCUAUGCAACCACAACAUGUUUAUUUAGCUAUUAAAUGUUGGGAUGCAUAUUUCAAAACAGCUUCUAAUAGAGAGAAACUUUAUUUAUGCAGACUAAUGAUAAAAUUAAAUGCUAAAUUCCCAGACUGGAAAGUUAUUGAGUGGGACACAUUAUUAAAUUUCUUGACUCAAGAAAAUAUUGAGGUAGAAGAAGUGUCUACAACAGAUAUAUUGGAAAGUUAUGUUAGACCAGACAGCAUACUGGUGGUUGGAUUAAAGCGAAUCCAAGCAGAAGACUCUGGCUCAACUCCGGGGCAGAGAGCUGCUGAAGAGGAAAAUUUAAAGAUUGUAAUGUUGUCUUUAGCCCUCCAAAUGCUAACUAAUGGUAUUGAAAUGACGCAUGAUCAAAUAACCACGUUAAAUUACUUGGUAGUAUCAAACCUAGGGUUUAAACAUUGUAGAUUAGACAAAGUUGAUGGAGUUUUAAGUGUAGAUUUUGGAAAUUUUGAAUAUAUGCCUGAUGAUUUUUCUCAAAAUAUGAAAAUGGUAUCAAUUCUCGGAAAUCUUAAAAGAGUACUUGACACACCAAUAUAUCUUAAAUCACAAAAUGAUGAUGAUGUGGUUGUUAUUGAUGAUGAGUUGGCCGGUUCAUAUUUCAUUGAUGCUGUAUUGGCGAUGGUUAACUCUUCAGUUGAUAUGUCUAGUUUGAGCCAUUUUAUGUUGAAAACUUGGAUCGAAUUAUUGCUCAUUAUUGUUUAUAAGCAUAAAAUAGUUCAGGACAAAUUAGACAAAGAACAACUCAAAGAACGAGAAGACAAUUUAAUCAACGCUAUAAGAAAAACAUUCGAACUAAUACCAAAAAAUAUAACAGAAGAGAAUAAACAACUAAUCAUCGAACUAUCAACAUCAUUGUUAAAACGAGCGCAUAUGUUAACGGUUACUAUACUUGGUACACAAAUUAUUACGACAGGGAAACUUUUGACGAAACACAAAAAUGAUACCAAUAAUACGUUGGUUAUGAGUGCAAGAACAUUUUUAAGAACGGCUUUUCUCAAAUUUGCGAGACACGGACUAUUUGUUUUGAUUUUUAAGGAUCAAGCAGUCGCAAAUGAUGACACCGAAGAACUUGACAUGUUUAAGGUUCUUCAAGAUGUAAUUCAAGAUGAACAAAUCACAUCUGAAGAAGCGUCGGGAACAAUUUAUUUGCGAGAUGAACCUGUUCGUGAUGUCUUCAAUCAGCUAUUCAAGUUUACGAAUAAAUCUGCUGUUUCAUCUGUUCUCUGGAGUUUGAAUAAAUAUAUAGAAUUGGUGCAUUCUAAGUCAUUUAAUGAUACAUUGAUUGACGAUUUGGGAGCGUUCUUAACGAAGUUAUCUAAACAAACAAGUGAAUGGAAAGCAACUGAUUGGGAUGUAAAUCCUGUGCUUAAUAUGAUUUCUAUUGUAGUUAGAAACAAUCCUAAUUCCGUAAAGGAUAUAAUAACAUCUAUUAAAGGCUUUUUGAAGUAUACAAUCAAUAAAUGUGCUGUAACUAUCGAAUCAUUUAUAAAAUUAAUGGCAUCUUACAAGGCAGUAGUCGAAAUCAUUUCUCCCGAUGAUGUCAAAACUAAUGCUUUUGGAGAAGUUAUCCUUGAAGAACUCAAAACCUCUCUCCGUGGGACUAGAAUAAGAAUGAGUAGAGAUACUUUGAUGACUUUAUUGCAG